ACAAAGCCGAUGGGUCUGAAUGUGCAGCCUCCGGGUCUGCAGAAAUGGCUUCUCACAGCAGCGACGAGUGGAAAACAAUCUGCGAUAAAUUCAACAACGCCCAAAACCUCACUGAUGUCGAAUCCAGAAAUGACCCUGAAAACGACCCAUUUCGGUCCAAGUACAAAGCCAGGGACCUCCUUAGAGAGAUCCAAUGUUCACUGAAGAGCUUUGAGGCCGGCGAGGGAGAGGAAGACAGCGGGGCGGACGGCGGCGACCAGCGGCCGAGCGAGCAGCCUGUGGACGGCCUGUUGGAGGAUUUGUUCCAGCGGGGCCUCGACGGGGACUCGCCGGCCGGCCUGGCGACUGCAAAGCUCGCCGCGGUGGAGUAUUACCUGGGCGUCAACCAUGUUGACACGGAGGAGCUGGCAGCAGGACAAGAACAUCUAAUGAACUGCAUGAAACUACUGGAGAGAUGCCGAGUGACCACCGACAAUGUGUCGUUAUGCAUCCAUUUCCGGAACCAGCUGGGCAUCCUUUGGGCAGGCCGGGAUGAAACAGAGAAGGCUCAGGAAUUCUUGGAAACAGCCGAAUCCAUCUAUAUGCGCUAUAUGAAGGAGGAUGGAAGUCCUCCUACUGAUCUGAAGGAAUAUUUUACAAACAAUGAGAAGAUGCUGACACACCAGGAAAAAAGCAAAAAGUUUGAGCUAGCCUACACCCACACUACGUAUUACCUCGCUCAGGUCUAUAAAAACCUUGGUCAAACUGAGCGUGCUGCCAACUACUGCCACAGCACCCUGCAAAGACAACUGCAAUUAAAUCAGUUCAGUCCAAUGGAGUGGGCUCUAAACGCCGCAACGCUGUCACAAUACUACAUUACAAAGGGGUGCUACAUGGAGGGCAGACACUGCCUCUCAGCAGCCACCGUUAUAUCAGCUUUGGCAGGAGACGCUCCCUCAGAGGCUGCUGCGCAGGAAAGUGAGAUAGAGAGCGAGCGACGCGAUCAGCUGCGACAAAAGAGAGCUGACAUAGCAAGAUGCUGGAUCAAAUACUGUCUCAACCUCCUUCAGGACGCUAAGAAAGUUCUCCAGGACAACAUCGGGGAGCUGGAUUCGGAUCUUCAGGAAGACAUAAAGAGGAAAAGGAGGCUUGAGGAGGAGGAGGAAGAAAAAAUCAGGAAGAGCGCGCUUAGGUUUGGCUCUGAGGACACGUUUGACUCCAUUGCCAGUCUGGAGGAGAAGGUGAGCUGUUUGCUCCCGGUGGACUUCACAGAAGCCAGAAAUGUAUUUCUUGUGGGACAAAACUACGUCACACAGGCUAAGGAGUACUUUCAGAUGGACGGCUUUGUGACGGAUCACAUUGAGAUCCUGCAGGAUCACAGCGCUCUCUUCAGAGCUUUGGCCUUCUUUGAAGAAGACGUUGAGCGGCGCUGCAAGAUGCACAAACGACGUGUUGACAUGCUGGAGACCAUCUGCAUCGAGCUGAAUGCCCAGUACUACCUCAUGGUGCGCAGACAGCUAAUGUUUGAGUUGGCCGAGAUCUACAACGAAAUGAUGGACUUGAAACUGACGCUGGCCAACAGACAAGCUGAUACACAGUCUUUGGACAACCACACCAUAAAGAAAUUCAACCACCUCUGUUCUGCAUCUGCUAAGUACUACCAGAUGUUUCUGGAUUCUCUGUGCUCUCCAGAUGGGAAGUUUCCCGAGCACCUAGAGGAGGAGGUGCUCAGACCAACCCUGAUGGCUCGCUUCAGGCUGGCCCGUCUGCACAGCCGCCUGAUCUGCUCUAUUCCCCUUACACAGCUGGACAACCUCAACAAGUCACUGGAAAACUACAAAUACGUUGUGCAGUACUGCGAAACCCACCCCGAUGCCGGCACCACCAUAGAGACGGAGCUGGAGUUGAGUAAGGAGAUGGCCGGCUUGCUUCCUCUCAAAAUCAACCGCCUCAAAGCAAGGAUGGCUGCUAACUAACAAUUGAAUUCCUGGAAACAAUCUUAUGAAUUUGUCAUUGCUCCCUGUUUUGUGCCAUGUGUGCAUGCUAGGUGCUGUACAAUGUAAGGUCAAAUACACACUACUACGCAUGUCCUGCUAUACGACAUUGCACACACCCUAAUUAAAUUUUAAAUAUUGCCUAA